AAUAAAUAGAAUUAAACAUAACCGAAACUGUAACAUAUUACAAAUAAAUACAUUAAUUUAAUAAAAUGUUAAAUAUAUAAUCGUCAACAAAAUAAACAAAGGAUUAUUAAAGGGAGGCACCACCUCCAAUUUUGACCCACUUAAAUUUAAAAUUAUUAAACAAGUAACUGCAUAAUAUCGAGGAAUAAAGUUUUGAUAUGCUGUCAACAAAUUUAUACGUUUUUGGGAUAUUUCUCAUUUCUAAUUUGGCAAUAUUUGAACAAUCAGACAAGUAUCGUUUACCUAACAAUGUAAAACCGCUUACUUAUAAAUUAUUCUUAAAUCCUGAUUUAAGUGCUGAAAAUGGAACUUUUGAAGGGUCAGUUUCUAUUUUGAUAGAUGUUAUUAGUACUACGAAUAAUUUGACCCUACACGCAUCAAAAUUAACAAUAGACACUUCGCAAACUAUUUUAAAAAGUAAAAAAAAUCAAUUUAUACCUGUAAAUCAUACACUGGAUAAAGUUCACGAAUUUUUGAUAAUUAAUUUUGAAUAUGACUUACAUCCAGGACAAUAUAAGCUUAAAUUAUCAUUUCAUGGAUAUUUCAAUAGUAAUAGUGAAACUGGAUUCUAUAAAAAUUCUUAUAUUGACGAAAAAAAUGACACAACAUAUUUUGCACUAACACAAUUUGAACCAACUUUUGCUCGACAAGCAUUUCCAUGUUGGGAUGAACCCGCAUUAAAAGCCUCUUUUAAGAUUGCUAUAAAACACUACUCAAAUUAUACAGCUCUCUCCAAUAUGCCGGCAAUAAAAGGCAAACCAAUACAUAUGGAUAAUGGAAAAAUUUGGACGAAAUUUGAAAAAACACCAUUAUUAUCUACUUACACAGUGGCAUUCACGGUUUCUGAUUUUAUGAGAUAACCAAUCAACACAAGAACUUUUCCAUUUGGACGAGAAGAAAUGUUGCUGAUGAUCUAAUUCAAUAUGGAUUUAAAGUUGCAGUUGACGCAAUGAAAAGUUUUGAAAAUUUCACCAAUAUUCCAUAUUCCCUUCCAAAAAUGGAUAUAUUUCUUGUGAAAGAUUUUCACAUUCGCGGAACGCAAAAUUGGGGAUUAAUUCAAAUCACGUAAAUAAUUAUGAAGUUUUAUUUAUUUAUUUCAAGUACUUCCCGCAGUACUUUAUAAACCAUUUUCAUAAAAGUUUCAAUAAAAAAUUGUUUUUAUUAAAAUAUAAGUAAAAAAGAUAGCGUAACAUGUUUUUUUU